CUCUCUCUCUCUGUCCAUUUCUCUCUUUCUUAUCUUUUUGCCACCUCUUUCUCCCCGUUCCUAUUUCUCUGAUCGUUUCCCUCUUGCCAACCGUUGUCUCAGUCUAGCGCGAGUUGCCACGUUCGGAUGGACGGACUUCGUGGUGCGUACACCCUGGUGCGUGUAAGGGAAGCUACGCGUCUCUCCUCCGUCAUCUUCGGGUAUCGUGUUCGUCGCCACAAUCGUUACGAUCGUCGUUCGGAUUAUUCGCGUUCGUAUUUCCACUCGUGUUGAGUCAACCCGAUGCUGCGCGAUGCGAGAUAGAAUCGUGCGUGCAAGAGGAACGACUUCGCCAAAGGACGAAAGCAAUUACGGAUAGAAGAAGAAGAAGCGACGCGAGGCGGAUGGGAUUGCGGAGAGAAAGAAGAGAUAGCGGCAACAGGACAGGAAUGGUGACGAUGAUGAACGCGGACACACGAGAAUGCACGUUCGCGCGAACGCGUGAUCCCUGUUGAGAGAAAGAAAGAGAGAAAGAGAGGAAAACGAAGAGAACCGAGAGUGCGAGAAGAGGAGCAAAAUACGCGCGACAGCGGCGGCGAAUUCGUUGCCUACGUGGAACGGGCUGCUAGCCGAGAGGGAGCAGCCACGCUCCGCAAAGUUGCCUAGAUACCGGGCAACACCGUGUUGCGCUCCGGUGAAGUAGGAGGCAGCGAAGGAGGCGGUGGUGGCGGUGUUGCUCCGCGGGAGGAUGGAACGCGCGGUGGACUGUAGUGAGACGAGGAAGACGAUCGCCGGCCAGGCCGCGAACGCAGGUCCGUGGUGCUGCCAAGAGUCACGAUAGCACAUCCGCGCGCCUCUCGAAGCCACGAGAGAGAAAGGAAGAGAGCACACGAUCCCUUACGAGAAUGUUCGAAACGCUGGAAAGCAUCGUCGCGCGAACGUAGCGCGUUCUCUCUGCGAACGAUAAAACGCCGCCAUCCUUCAACGAUCGAGACCUCGCGGAUACGCACAACCGAGAAGCGCGGAAGAACGCUUGGUUAUGACGGCCAAGUCGGGAGGUGCGUUAGCGAGGGCAUCGAGUAUCGAUUAGCAGAUGAUUCGCGCGGAAUUGAACUCGACUCGCGAGAUCUGCACGACGAUGAUAAUCAGUGACGCAACGGAUGUCAAAGCGCUUCCGGGCGAUAUUCGCGGCAGUGACCGCUGCAUGUAGAAGUGAACACGCAAAAUUGUGCAGUGUAUUACGGUCACGACGGGGCACGUCGGGACCCGGUGAAAGAACAUCGGCGAGUCGGUGUCGAGCCUCGAUCUGGGCCUGCAAAAUUCAUCUGCCAUGGCGCACCAGACAAGAGAUCUACCGCAGUUGCGAAUAAAGUUUUAUAAUAUCGCGGUCGCCGCCGGUCUCCAAAUAGUCCUCUUGCUCACCGUCCUACCUCAAGAGAGCCUUUGCGGGCGUCACGAAAAACGCUUAUUGAAUCACCUGCUGGCAAAUUACAACACCUUGGAGCGGCCGGUCGCGAAUGAGAGCGAACCGCUGGAGGUAAAGUUUGGCAUCACUCUGCAGCAAAUCAUCGACGUGGAUGAAAAGAACCAAAUACUUACGACCAACGCGUGGUUGAAAUUGGAGUGGACAGACUAUAAUCUUCAGUGGAACGAGUCCGAGUACGGCGGAGUGAAAGACCUUCGAAUUACGCCGAACAAGCUUUGGAAACCGGAUAUCCUCAUGUACAACAGUGCGGAUGAGGGUUUCGACGGGACGUACCAAACAAACGUGGUGGUCACGCAUAACGGCAGUUGCCUGUACGUCCCUCCGGGCAUCUUCAAGAGCACAUGCAAGAUAGACAUCACUUGGUUCCCCUUUGACGACCAACACUGUGACAUGAAGUUCGGAUCCUGGACCUACGACGGCAACCAGCUCGAUCUGGUACUCAACUCAGACGAGGGUGGUGACUUAUCCGAUUUCAUCAUGAACGGGGAAUGGUACCUCAUCGGUAUGCCGGGGAAGAAAAACACGAUAAUGUAUCAGUGUUGCCCGGAGCCGUACGUCGACGUCACGUUCACGAUACAGAUACGCAGGAGGACCCUCUACUACUUUUUCAACCUGAUCGUGCCCUGCGUGCUGAUAUCGAGCAUGGCCCUACUGGGCUUCACCCUGCCGCCCGAUUCCGGCGAGAAGCUCACCCUAGGAGUGACCAUCUUGCUAUCGCUGACGGUGUUCCUGAACCUCGUCGCCGAGACCCUGCCCCAGGUCUCCGACGCAAUACCCCUGUUAGGUACAACUGAGUUUUUACACACAGAGCGAAUGUCAGAGUAAACCGACUCGAUAUACACUGUCGAUUCGCUGCAGCGCCCACGAGUUUGAUAGAUCGAGAGAUCGAGAAUGACUAUACUAUGGCUUGAAAUGAAAAUCGUGAAAGUUUGACCGGAUCUUCGGGUGGGGAGAAUUUGCGCGUUAAUAUUUGAAGAGGCGAGAGUUUCUUUCCUACAUUCUUCUCAUUCGAGAGAUUUUCAUUUAAAAUUGAAUCAGAAUUGAUUAAGAAGUAAUUGAGGUACUUUUUGGGUCAUCGUUUGCCCUUUUUAAAUUUUUAAUGCAUUCGAAGCACGAAUCAAUGGAAUAUUUCUUUCCUUUCAAUGGAUCUUGUUUCAUCGAAAGAAGAAAAAUACUCCCAUUGUUAUUUAUUUGUCCGCUUUGUACGCGAUGAAAAGCAAAUCUCUUUUGAAAUAGAUAUUACUAUAUUGUUGUCAUGCUAUGAUAUUGAAUCUGCGAUAUUAUUCGCUUCCAUUUAUUUUAUUAAAUUUUAAUUUAUUCUGUUAAACGUUGGAACAAUGAAAGACAAUUCUAGACAAUUUAUGCUUUAUUUUUGCGCUUUCUCAGCAUCAUGAGUGAUCGAGGAACUUUGGGCUGACAGAAAAAUAUACGCAUUACUUAUAAUAUUAAGAGAAGCACUUUAAUCCUCCCCCGAAGAUUUUGUGUAACGGAAGCACAAGUGAAAAAGAAACGUGGCGCCCUGCAGUUGAAACGAAAGCGCUUUCCCGUAUGUAAGAGAAUUGAAAAUCAUAGAAUAUUCGACGUUGGAAAAGGAGACUCGUUGUUCGGCGUCGCUUUAUCCGAUAAAGUUAUUUUAUCGAAAAGCGUAUCGUAGUAAACAAACAUUCGCCGCGUAGUCGUUUCUUUCUUAAAUCGCGAUAGCAGGGAAAGACGAUAGAAGAGGAGGCGGAAUCGCGUGGCUCUCAAAAAUUCGAUAGUUCUCAAGAAACCUCUUAUCGGGCUCAUACGAUGCGUAUCGAUAGAUAUAAAGCCAAAUUGUAGUUUCGGAACACCGAGAUUAGAGAUACGUAAUCUCGAACGAUCAUUUUAAUUGUACGAGAACUUGAAAAUUAUUAUUUGCAGUCGUUUGAUGGAAGAAAAAAAUAACUCUA